AUGAACCCAGGUACUAUAUUUGAAUUGGAGUUGGAUGAUAGCAAGUACUUCAAAUAUGUCUUCAUGGCCAUGGGUCAAUCAAUUAGAGGUUUUAUGUGUUGCAUUCGACCAGUUUUGGUUAUUAACGGGGCACACCUUAAAGGGAAGUACGGAGGUGUAUUACUAACUACGUYUGCUAUUGAUGCGAAUAACCAAAUAUACCCAGUUGCUUUUGCAAUAGUYGGGAGUGAGAGCGUCGCAUCAUGGGUAUGGUUUAUGGCUCAAUUGAAGAGUGUUGUCGACACCGUUCAGAAUUUGGUCUUCAUUUCUGAUAGACAUGCCGCCAUCUGUAAAGCGAUUGAUGAGGUAUUUCCUACUGCAUUUCAUUGCUUUUGUAUACAUCAUCUAAAGAUGAACUUGCUGGCCAAAUUUAAAACGUCCGAGUUGGAGGAAUUAUUUUUUAAGGCUGCGAAGGCAUGUCGCGAGUCAUAUUUCAAUGAGAACUGGGUCCAACUGUGCGCACACCCAGGAGUGAGGGAAUAUGUGGAAGYUAUAGGAAAGGAACGAUGGGCUCGCUGCUUUCAGACGAAACUAAGAUACUYACAAAUGACCACCAAUAUUGCAGAGUCCGUUAAUGCCCUUUUUAGGCAUGCACGUAAGUUGCCAGUCACCGCAUUACUUGAUCAUAUCAGAGGUGUGUUGCAGAGGUGGUUCUACGAACGUCGGACGCUUGCUUCUUCACGUCAGAGUACGUUGUCUGACUACGCAGAGGAAAUGAUUGCCGAAGCUUCGGAUAAUGCACGGAGACANUCUGACUACGCAGAGGAAAUGAUUGCCGAAGCUUCGGAUAAUGCACGGAGACACAUUGUUAUGAACAUCGACCAGUUUAAUUUUGAGGUACGCGAUGGGAACCUCAAUGGGGACGUUGACUUGCAAUCGCAGACGUGUACUUGUCGGGAGUUCGAUUAUUUUAAAGUCCCGUGCUCCCAUGCUAUUGCUGCAGCCUGUUCUCGUAGCAUAAAUCCGUACACACUAUGCGAUGAGGCGUACACGGUCAACAGCUGGAUGUUGGCGUAUGCAGAACCAAUAUUUCCAGUGGGUUCAUCCUCAACAUGGAAGAGUUCUCCGGGGUUUGUGAAYAUCGAUGUUCAACCACCGAAGAAGGUCGUUAGGGUUGGACGGCGAUAG